CAAAAUCAAUCUCUCACUCUCUCUCUCACACACACACACAAAAUGGAAGGGGAAAAGAGGGAAGCAGAAAUUCCGGUAAUAUUUAGAGACAUAAGACGUUAUAGUUGCGAGUAUUGCGGUAUUGUUCGUUCCAAGAAAACUCUCAUCACUUGUCACAUCCAUUCUCAUCACCAGGAUAAAGUUAAGGAAAAAGAACAAGGCGAGGAAAAGGGAAGUAAGGUGAAGGCUUGUGAAGAAUGUGGUGCUUCAUUUAGUAAACCUGCCCACUUGAAGCAGCAUAUGCUCAGCCAUUCUUUUGAGAGGCCCUUUUCAUGUCCAAUAGACGACUGCAACUUAAGUUACCGUAGGAAAGAUCACUUAAAUCGGCAUCUUCUUCAGCACAAGGGUACACUCUUUGACUGUCCUCUUGAAACUUGCAAGAGUAGGUUUUCGAGUGAAGGUAAACUGACUAGACAUGUGAGGGAAAUCCAUGAUGAUACAAGCCCUACCUCUGAUGAGUUGAAAGAGGAUGAUAAGCAGUAUGCUUGUACGGAACCUGGGUGUGGAAAAGUUUUCAAACAUCCAUCAAGGUUACGAAAGCAUGAAGGAUCUCAUGUUAGGUUGGAAACGGUGGAGGCAUUUUGUGCAGAACCGGGAUGUAUGAAAUAUUUUACCAACGACCAGUGUCUAAAGGCUCAUCUCCUUUCAUGCCAUCAGCACAUUAACUGUGAGAUUUGUGGCAGUAAACAAUUUAAAAGGAAUAUUAAGCGUCACCUUCGCACACAUGAGAAAGUGGUUCCUAAAGAGAGAAUCAAAUGUAGCUUUGAUGGAUGCAGCUUAACAUUCUCUACCAAUUCAAAUCUCCGGCAGCAUGUAAAAGCAGCCCAUUUGCAAGAAAAGCCAUUUGAAUGUAGCUUUUCUGGUUGUGGUAUGAGGUUUUCUUUCAAGCAUGUGAGAGAUAACCAUGAGAAAUCCGGGCGUCAUGUUUACACACAGGGAGAUUUUCUGAAGGGUGAUGAGCAAUUUCUAUCAAGGCCAAGGGGUGGUUUGAAAAGGAAAAUGCCAGAUAUAAUAGAGACCAUAUUGAGAAAGAGGGCGUUUCCGCCUAGUGAAUCUGGUGACAUGCAUGGAUCUGAUUAUAUAUCGUCUUUACUCUCGGCGGAUGAUGAAGAUUAGCCUUUUUAUUACUUGUAUACGAUGUAUAUGCCUACGCCUUCAUAGUUUGUAAUUUGUGUAUUCUGCUCUACAGUACAAGUGUUGUAAUGCAUUUUGAUGUUUAGUAACAUGCCAUGUGUUUAAGUAA